UCGGCCAUCCAUCCAGUUCGCAGCUUUAAUUGGCUUAAACUCGUCUUCGUCUGUCAUGAUGUCACAGAUUUUAUUUCACCAGGGAGCCAAUCACAGGGGCUCAGAGACUCAUCUUCAUCCUCUUUGUGUCCGCAGGCUAAGGACAGCGAUGAUGAUGAAGAGGUGGUGCAAGUCGACAGGGACCACUUCAUGGACGAGUUCUUUGAACAGGUGGAGGAGAUCCGAGGCUGCAUAGAGAAGCUGUCCGAGGACGUGGAGCAGGUGAAGAAGCAGCACAGCGCCAUCCUGGCCGCGCCGAACCCUGACGAAAAGACCAAGCAGGAGCUGGAGGACCUCACAGCUGACAUCAAGAAGACAGCCAAUAAAGUUCGCUCAAAAUUAAAAGCAAUUGAGCAGAGCAUCGAGCAGGAGGAAGGUCUCAACAGAUCAUCAGCGGACCUCCGGAUCCGUAAGACACAGCACUCGACGCUGUCGCGUAAAUUUGUGGAGGUGAUGACCGAGUACAACACCACGCAGUCCAAGUACCGGGACCGCUGCAAGGACCGCAUCCAGAGGCAGCUGGAGAUCACUGGAAGAACCACCACCAACGAAGAGCUGGAGGACAUGUUGGAGAGUGGCAAACUGGCCAUCUUCACCGAUGAUAUCAAAAUGGACUCUCAGAUGACCAAGCAGGCCCUGAACGAGAUCGAGACCCGACACACCGAGAUCAUCAAGCUGGAAAACAGCAUCCGUGAGCUCCACGACAUGUUUGUCGACAUGGCCAUGCUGGUCGAGAGCCAGGGAGAAAUGAUUGACAGAAUUGAGUACAACGUAGAACACUCCGUCGACUACGUGGAGCGAGCCGUCUCCGACACCAAGAAGGCCGUAAAAUACCAGAGCCAGGCUCGCAAGAAGAAGAUCAUGAUCAUCAUCUGCUGCGUCAUCCUCGGCGUGGUCCUGGCGUCGACCAUCGGCGGGACGCUGGGCUUCUAAGACGUUCCUCCACCUGCUGCCAUGAUGACUGAUGCCGACCGACUGACCGACAGCCAGCAGAGAAAAGAAACAGCAACGACAACACAAAAAACUUGAAACACAAAUGCAAGACCGACAACCAAUCAGCUAGGAAGAGAUAAUCCAAUCACAAAUAAGAGGAAACACCACGGGUUUGGGCGGGGUACAAAAAGCUAAGAAGAAAACACAGUAACACCACAUGAUAGGUGACUUAUCCACACAACAAGAGAGGGAAAAUAAACCUAUUUAUGUAAAUGUAUUGAACAACACAUGGGUUAGCUACCUGUAAAAAGUGAUAACCUCUAAUAUAACUUUUACUUUGUUGUUUGUUUGGCUGUUUUCCUAUGUUUUGAAGUUCCUUGUUUGUUUUUUUCGGGAGUCUCCGAGGACAGUGACGGCUGCUGGGUGGGAGUCCUGUGGGACAAAUCUGUCAUUCGGGUUCCUCACGUUCAUUUCAGAAAACAAACAGCUAAUGCAUAGAUGUAGAAAACCCGAAGGUUGGGGAACGAUGUUAAUGUUGUGCCUCGCCGUCAGCUAGUCCACCUCUCAUUGGCUGCUUUGCCCGUCAUUCACCUCGGCCAGCCUGUUACCGGAGACUGACUGGACCCUGAGAGCAGAUGCUUUCACAGCCGGCUGCGGUUGGGAAAACACCGCGUUGACAAGGGGGAGGUCAGACUCCCCUGACUGUUGCAUCGAUCCAACCAAAGAGUUGGGGAGGGAGGGCCUCUGACCGUCCUGGUUAUUCUGAUUGGCCAGCGUAGGCGACAAGGUGAUACCUGAGGGCUGGGUGGAGAUGGACAGUUAAUCUAUGCAGUUUAGAUACAAGAAAGACGACUUGUCCCGCCUACCAACACAGAGAUAGCCAAUGAGAAUCUGUUAAAAGCCAGGGCCGUCAUCCUCAAGCUGCUCAAGGAGUCAACAAAAAAUAACGGAAACGCAUCAAAACCAACAAACAGGCGAAACCAGUUACCCUGGUGUGGCGAUGGUCCUGUGGCCGUUUGUGUUUCGAUGGCGAGCGUUUGUUGCUUUUGUCGUGCUGCUGUUCCGGUGUGUGCGUGACGUAUCCUGUGCUGUAUCUGCUUAACAUUGUGUUAACGUUGAGUUUGUGCGAUCCGACGUGUCUCCGGUGUGUUUGUGUUGGAGAAGCUGUGAUGUUUCGGUUGCCACACAUGAAGGCAUUCCUGUAGAUAAUGUGAAAGGAGCCUCACUCCUCUCUGCAUGCCGAGACACGAUGUUCCAACGACCUGGACUAGGAGUACGGCAGCUUCUACGGCCAAUUCACAUUCUCUAUGGUGCAUUUCCCUGGAAGGUGGAUCAACGUGACACACAUUAAUUCACAACAUGAACAUGUCAUAUAUGUUUUAACUUCUGACGUAGACAGACCCCAUGAAUGUUGUGUUACUGCCAGUGUUAGGGUUAGUCUGAGCCGCUUUGCAUGGUGUAGAAUUUGCUUGUGUUUGUGUAGGUUGUGCAGAAGCUUAUUGAAGAUUUAUCAUCCGUUUUCUAGAUACUUUUUCUAAAAACCGUGAAAGGCAUUCGUGGUGUCCGACCUAGUAUGGUGGAAAAGAUUCAGAAAAUACAAAGGGUUUGUGGCUCGUAACAAUAUAGCAAGAAAAUUACUUUUUAAAUUAUUGAAGGCUAUUUCUAGCUAAGCUGAUCCUUGAUAUUUCGGAAGCUAAUUCUAGCUGCACCAAAACGAUCCAAUCUGGAAGCUAAUUAUUGUUAAUAAACUAAUUCUAAUUUUGGGGGAAGCUCCCUGUAAAGAUAUUUAAUUAUACAGAAUGAAAAGUAUUUAUUUGACUGUUAGCCUGUGAACCACAUUAUGCUAAUUUGGAAGCUAAUCCUUGUUAAACUGGAGGACCAUUUUAGCUAAUCAUAGAUUUUAGCUAAAAAAAAAAAAUAGACAAUUCUCCAAAAUCAUUGGCUAAUUCUAACUUAAAGGAAAGAUAUCUGUAAAAACAUUUGAUUUUA